CACAAGAAUGUGAUACAGGCUCGACGGCCGCCAUUUUCUUUCUUUCUUAGCAGUUGGCUGAGGGAAGGUCUCUGCGAAGAAGCGGCAGCGGCCACUAUAGCGUAGACAUGGCAGACUACUCAACAGUGCCUCCACCUUCUUCUGGUUCAGCUGGUGGUGGAGGCGGCGGCGGUGGUGGUGGAGGAGUUAACGAUGCUUUCAAAGAUGCGCUGCAGAGAGCACGGCAGAUUGCAGCAAAAAUUGGAGGUGAUGCUGGUACAUCACUGAAUUCAAAUGACUAUGGUUAUGGGGGACAAAAAAGACCUUUGGAAGAUGGAGAUGGCUCUUGGACAAGUCCGAGCAGUACAACACACUGGGAGGGAAUGCCCUCUCCUUUUAAAGAUCAACCAGAUGCUAAGAAAGUUGCUCCUCAAAAUGACUCUUUUGGAACACAGUUACCACCGAUGCAUCAGCAGCAAAGCAGGUCUGUAAUGACAGAAGAAUACAAAGUUCCAGAUGGAAUGGUUGGAUUUAUAAUUGGCAGAGGUGGUGAACAGAUCUCACGCAUACAACAAGAAUCUGGAUGCAAAAUACAGAUAGCUCCUGACAGUGGUGGCCUUCCAGAAAGAUCUUGUAUGCUAACGGGAACACCUGAAUCUGUCCAAUCAGCAAAACGGUUAUUGGACCAGAUUGUUGAAAAAGGAAGACCAGCCCCUGGCUUCCACCAUGGUGAUGGACCAGGAAAUGCAGUUCAAGAAAUCAUGAUUCCAGCUAGCAAAGCAGGAUUAGUUAUUGGAAAGGGGGGAGAAACUAUUAAACAACUUCAGGAGCGGGCUGGAGUUAAAAUGGUUAUGAUUCAAGAUGGACCUCAGAACACUGGUGCUGACAAACCUCUUAGGAUUACAGGAGACCCAUACAAAGUUCAGCAAGCCAAGGAAAUGGUGUUAGAGUUAAUUCGUGAUCAAGGUGGUUUCAGAGAAGUUCGAAAUGAGUAUGGGUCAAGAAUAGGAGGAAAUGAAGGGAUAGACGUCCCCAUUCCAAGAUUUGCUGUUGGCAUUGUAAUAGGAAGAAAUGGAGAGAUGAUAAAAAAAAUACAAAAUGAUGCUGGUGUUCGAAUUCAGUUUAAACCAGAUGAUGGAACAACACCUGAUAGAAUAGCGCAAAUAACGGGACCUCCAGACCGAUGUCAACAUGCUGCAGAAAUUAUUACAGACCUUCUUCGAAGUGUUCAGGCUGGUAAUCCUGGUGGACCUGGACCUGGUGGUCGAGGAAGAGGUAGAGGUCAAGGCAACUGGAACAUGGGACCACCUGGUGGACUACAGGAAUUUAAUUUCAUUGUACCAACUGGGAAAACUGGAUUAAUAAUAGGAAAAGGAGGUGAAACCAUAAAAAGCAUAAGCCAGCAGUCUGGUGCAAGAAUAGAACUUCAGAGAAAUCCUCCACCUAAUGCAGAUCCUAAUAUGAAAUUAUUUACAAUCCGUGGCACUCCACAGCAAAUAGACUAUGCGCGGCAACUUAUAGAAGAAAAGAUUGGUGGCCCAGUAAAUCCUUUAGGGCCGCCUGUACCCCAUGGGCCCCAUGGUGUCCCAGGUCCCCAUGGGCCUCCUGGGCCUCCAGGGCCUGGAACUCCAAUGGGACCAUACAACCCUGCACCUUAUAAUCCAGGACCACCCGGCCCUGCUCCUCAUGGUCCUCCAGCUCCUUAUGCUCCCCAGGGGUGGGGAAAUGCAUAUCCACACUGGCAGCAACAGGCCCCUCCUGAUCCAGCUAAGGCAGGAACGGAUCCAAAUUCAGCAGCUUGGGCUGCCUAUUAUGCUCACUAUUAUCAACAGCAAGCACAGCCACCACCUGCAGCUCCUGCUGGUGCACCAACUACAACCCAAACCAAUGGACAAGGAGAUCAGCAGAAUCCAGCUCCAGCUGGACAGGUUGAUUAUACCAAGGCUUGGGAAGAGUAUUACAAGAAAAUGGGUCAAGCAGUUCCUGCUCCUACUGGUGCUCCACCAGGUGGUCAGCCAGAUUAUAGUGCAGCCUGGGCUGAGUACUAUAGACAACAAGCAGCGUACUAUGCCCAGACAAGUCCCCAGGGAAUGCCACAGCAUCCUCCAGCACCUCAGGGCCAAUAAUAAGAAGUGGACAAUACAGUAUUUGCUUCAUUGUGUGGGGGAAAAAAACCUUUGUUAAAUAUAUGGAUGCAGACGACUUGAUGAAGAUCUUAAUUUGUUUUUGGUUUAAAAUAGUGUUUUUUUUUUUUUUUGAAAAUGUACAAAAUAUCUAUCACUACUGAUAGGAGGUUAAUAUUUCUGUGUAGAAAUGAAAAUUGGUUUGUUUUUAGUAUUUAGUGUAGAUGUACACAUUCCAGCAAAUGUAUUUGCAACUAUUAUGUGGUCAAUGCUUUGUGAUAUAAAUGUACUUUUUCAAUGUAUACUUUCACUUUUAAAAUGCCUGUUUUGUGCUUUACAAUAAAUGAUAUGAAACCUC